AAGGAAAGCCACUUCCGCCCUUGUUUGAACUCUUGCUGAAAGCAGGGGGUUCUUCUAUUUUGCUGUUUUUCCAAACGUGCCAACAAAAGGAAAUUGAUAUGCCGUCAAGGAGCUUGUGUCUUUUUUUUUUCUGAACCUUUCCCAAGCACUUUUCCCACCUCUCGUACUGAUAGAUUGAUUCUGCGGAAAUUUCCGCAUCAUACAAUCGCUGUUCUGUGUUAGAAAUUUCCACCACUGUUGAAAGCUGGAGCAUAGCCACCAAGCGCAGCUAGCACAGCUUAUAGCAACCGAAAGGCAAAAUCCGAGCUGCGUACUAGCUAGUAACCGCUACUCAUCACGCAAGCAAGUCACCGGAAGAUGCUCCUUACACUGACAAUAAUCGCCGUGCUCGUGUCGGCACGGCCGGGAGCUGCAACCGCACCGAGGCCGAGCGCGGCUCCCUCUUGCCAGCGCCGGUGCGGCGACAUGGAGAUCCCUUACCCGUUCGGCAUCGGCCGCGGCUGCUACCUCUACACCGGCGAAGGCGACACCACCUUCGGCCUCACCUGCAACCUCACCGCCGACGGCACCUACAAGACCUUCUGCUACGAGGUCGAGGUCAUCGGGAUCUCCCUGCGCCGUGGCCAGGCGCGCGUCCGCAGCGACAUCCGGUCCUGGUGCUACAACCGCACGUCCAUGUCCAUGGACGAGAACAACGGCUGGUGGGUCGACUUCACCGACUCGCAGUUCCGGCUCUCCGACGAGGACAACCGCUUCACCGUCAUCGGCUGCAACUCGCUGGCCUACGUGGGAUCCGCCAAUACCGGGUCCAAGUACAUGACCGGGUGCAUGGCCACCUGCCCGGCCGCCGGCCGGCUGGAGAACGGCUCGUGCUCCGGCAUGGGCUGCUGCCAGGCGGCCAUCCCCCGGGGGAUCAACACGUACGAGGUGCAGUUCGACGACAGGUUCAACACCUCCAGGACCAGCGGGUUCAGCCGCUGCAGCUACGCCGCGCUGGUGGAGGCCGCGGCGUUCGACUUCCGGAUCACGUACGUCACCGACGACGACUUCAUGGAGUCGACCGGCGGGAAGGCGCCGCUGGUGCUCGACUGGGUGGUCGGGAAGGAGACGUGCGCGGAGGCGGCGAGGAACACGACGGCGUACAUGUGCGCCAGCAGCAACAGCGAGUGCGUCGAUUCCAGGAACGGCCCGGGCUAUCUCUGCAACUGCUCGAGAGGGUACGACGGCAACCCCUACGUCCAUGACGUCUGCCAAGACGUUAACGAGUGCACAAGCUUCAAGUACCCCUGCUCGGCUGCUCUGUUCCUGGAACCUGUGUCAACACUCCUGGAGGUUUCGUCUGUUCUUGCCCUGACAAGACAAGAGGCAACGCUUACAGUGGCACGUGCGAGGCUCAUAAUUCUCAACUUGGUGUGCACAUGGCAGUUGGUACGUCACCGUCCACGCCCACUUACCUCAACGAGCUUUUUACCGUUCUUGAAAAGUUGACUACCGGUACCGGUUAUAAUGUGAGAGAAGUAAAAGUUGAUACGUUAGGUUCUGAAGUUUACUCCCUAAAGUCAGAAUUUGACCUGCAAUUAGUUACUUCUUGCUGUCUGAAAUGUCAACAAUAUAUGACUAGAGG